CACCCUUAACGUCCAUCCUGUUUAAAGGUUACGCAAUACAGGUGAAAUGAUUGCGCAUGUCCCGAAGGAAAAGAAAAUUCUCUCCAGUCGUGAAACGUCAAAUCCUAACCAUAUACAAUUCCGCGGGUCGCGAAUCCACAAUGGCAAUCGGACCGUGAAUUACGAAAAUGCCCUUGUUCGAUUCAGUUCGCUUAAAAUGAUUUUGAUUUUACUAAGGCAACACCGACUUUCAGCGAUUUUUGUUAAGUGGCGCUAAUUAUUAUUAUUUUGUCGUUCGAAAUGACAAGCUUGUCAGCUAAGAAUAAGAAAGGGACUGUGAUACAUCGUACAACAAGUGAAACCUUGAGGUUAGGCGAUGAGGUGGUAAACGCAAACCAAAUGCGGAUAUCAACGAUAUCCAGGAAGAAAAAUCAAGCCACUUCGCCUAGUUGCUCAUUUCAGAUAACCGGGGUGAUAUCGCGGUAUGAUCAGGAGGACGAGUCAGCUGAUGAUUUAGACGAGAGCCAUACUGAUGAAAUCUCUAGGGUAACUGAUAACGAAACGCCCAGUUUCUCGGAAGAUUCAAGGGACGAUCAACAUCCAGCACUUCAACUGCCUCAAACACAACAAAAUUUUAAUCAAAACGUUUGUACAUUAGCUAAGCCCCCUUCGCCGGUAAAAAAAUCCCCAACUCCUCCGCCACCAUCUCCUAUUGUGCAAACUAUUGAAGAGCCAAAGAAAAUUAAGUCAAAUAUAAAUGAUUUAGGUAGAUUUAGGGUAGUUAAGCUGGAGAGCAUGGCUCCUUUUAGCAGAGGAAGAUGGACGUGUUAUGAUUAUGUUGACGAUUCAUCUGAUCUUAAGCAAAAUGUCUCCAGUUUUAAUAUUUCUGCAACUACAAAACCUUAUUGGGGAUCAAGCUGCCAACCUAGUUAUCUAUAUACAGGGUCUAUUACGAUACCUGAACCCAUUCCAAUUUACGUCCCUUCAUCAAAUGAGAGACCAAUGCAAAUUUCUUCCCAUUACGCCCUGCCAACAUCACGAAUGAGCUUUACAAGUUGCAAUAGUGUUGAUACUGUUAUUAAUAAUUCUAGUUUCGAUACCAAUCAAAAUAGACAAAGUCUUACCUCCGACUGCAAAAUUGUUGGGGUAAUACCUAAAAAUGUGCUGACUACUGAGCACGAGAAAGGCCUAAAUCCUAAUGACAAUAUUGGAGCUUCUGUCUCCUGCACCGCUACGAUCGACACCAAAAUUGAACAUGCCCUGGAUGUGGUGAAAAACCAUCUGACCCACGCAGUAAGGCUAGAAGUCGAAGAGUUGAAGAUAAAAAUCAACGAACUGGUCGAACGCAUAUCUUUCUUAGAAUCCGAAAAUAAUCUGCUCAAGGCCAACGUUACCCCAGACGUACUGGCUGAUCUUGCGAACCAGAGAACCUAAACAACAUGAGAUAGAAGUCUCACAAGUCGAACACUUUCAUCACUUAAUUAGUUAUAACUGAAAAAUUAUUCUUGCUUAAAAUAAUUAACUGGUUGAAAUGCUUGGUGCUACCUAUUAAGAUGUGAUCUGAAUGACAUGGAAUGUCGAUAUUUUUUAAGGGGGUAAAGUUACAAUAAUUAUUUUUAGGUCAGGAAGGUUUCAAUCUCCUUGUUUUGCUUAAUUUCAACAUUCGGUUUUUCUUGAGGGCUUCUCAGUUAAUCAGAGAUUAAAACCUGCCUAGAGUAGGAAAAUUAGGUUACCUUUCCCAUCGUUUUGCGCUUAGGAGGUGAACAAAUUUAAUAUAAAGGCUGUGCUACAAUGUAAUCAAUAGUACCCAUAAAGUGCUGCACCGUUUCCAAAUUAAAAGUUACGUGGAUAUAUUACAACAAAAUGCAUCAACUACGAUAUUUUUAUAUUUUUGUAACGUAUCAUUUAUUUGAAUAGACAUUAGAUGCGGGCUUAUAGGUUCUUCUGUAUUAUUAAAAAUGCGUUCAGUAAGGGUCAGUUUUUUAAUCAAGAAGUAUCCAGUAUUAUUAUAGGACAUAUAGUAAUUCUUGAAUUUUAGAAUAAGGUGUAAUUUUUUGAAUAGAAAGAAACGUAUUUUCAAUAAAUAUGUCAAAAAGGCACUUUUUGGAAUUUUCGACAUGCAAACUUCAAGCAAAAUAAUAUGUCCAGAAAAAGAAGGAAGUACUAAAAUAGUUUAACAGCGUAAUUUGUAUACAAUUUGGAGGGUAGUGAACAAGCGCAAUUUUUAAGUGUAAGUAACGCUGUUACAUGUUUUAGCAUGAUUUUCGGAUCAAUUCUAUAUAAAAAAAUUAUCAAUAAUUUAACCUAUUACGAGUAUUAUGUUUGCUGUCAUUCAGCAUGGGUCAGUAUUAAAUAAAAUGUGAGGCUCUAACUUUUUAUACGCUUUGAAUAAAUCACGGCAAUUUAUUUUCUUAUAUUAUAGUUGUAUUAAGAUUUCGUUUCAUUUUAUUUAAAGGGAUAAGGUUUUAUGCUAUAUAAUAAAAUUUAUUGUAAGGUACCUAAGGGCUGAUACAUGGCUACAAUAAAACUUGUGUUAAUUUUUUUUAAAAUACAGGGUCCAACUUAAAGUUUGUUCAGUUUUUUUGGCCCUGCUUGUUAUGUGAUUCAAAAUUGACAUUUUAAUUGACUGUUAAGCAUAUAUCAGCUCUUGGAUUUAAUAUAUAUUACAUCUAUAUGUCGUAUGGGUUCUUUCAUUAUAUCUUAAUGUAUAAGUUAAAUGGUUAUAUAUUAAUUCGUGUUAUUUAUAUUUUAUACUAUUGCUUACUUUCAAGUAUCUUUUGUUUUAACAAUAAACUUUUUAAAUAAU